CCAAGUACCGAGAGAAAAAACUAGGGUUUUACAGAGAAGAUUUUUGUACAGUUAACUAUGGCGAUUCAUGAUGCAGUAGUUGUUGAAGCAUCAAAAGAAAUGGAAUUAGUUGAUCCUCCAUUAAUUCUAUCAUCAUCUCCAGUUCUUAAACGAGGAUUAAAGCAUUUUGAAAAAAAUUUAAAUGAAAUUUAUAAGGGUUUCGAUGGACCGAUUAGGAAGAUUGAGAAGAAAAGUGGUGGCACGGAUGUGGAAGAAGAUGAGAGUGGUGAUUCUGACAUGGAUAUGGAAGAUGAUGAAGAGAUUGGUGGUAGUUCAAAUGAGGAUGAUGACGACGAGGAGGAGGACGGUGAAGAUCACGAUGAGCUUAUAGAGUUCAGGGUUGAUGACAAUAACGUCGAUGAUGAGAUGGGAACUGCCAGGACUUGUGCUGGCGUGGAAGCUGCUUCAUCCGAGGGCUUGCCAGCCCGCCUUCCUACAUUUCACACAAGUACUCUAGGACGAUGGUGUGCUGUGAUUUCAUAUGAUGCAUGUGUUCGGCUUUGCCUUCGUUCCCUGGCCAGGGGUUGCUCAGAAGCACCUGUCUUCUUAGACAAUGAAUGUAGACUCUUGCAUAGAGCAUUCGGCUUGCAACGUGUGCUGUUACAACCAGAAGGAGAAUUGUUGGCUAUAAGGUCAUCCAUUCCUAUUAUUAAGGGAUCAUCCCCUAAAACUAAGAAACCUAUUGGCAGGGUUGAUGUGCAAGUUCGUAAAGUGAAAAUGGAUUUGGAUUCACCAAAGGGAUGCAGUUUUUCAUCCCUUCAUCCUUCAAAGAUAAAAAUGGAAGUGCUUCGAUGUUGCUUGUCCAAUCUACGGUCGACAUCUUCUGGAGUAAGACAAGAGACAUACACAUGCAUUUUAAGAUCAAAAAGUUCAAAUGAUGACAAGCCAGUUUGUAUGCAACCGGGUUCAGGCGAAACACAUUUAUUUUUUUCAGAUAGUGUAGGAGAUGAUCUUUUUCUUGAAGUCCAGGAUUCUACAGGAAAAUACUGUGGUUGUGUUGUCGCUCAGAUAGAUACUUUUAUCGAGGAGCCGGGUGGCAAGGUACGUUGGUUGCCUAUUUACCGUGAACCAGAGCACGAGCUUGUUGGCAGAAUGCAACUGUUCAUAAAGUAUAAUAGCAGUAUAGAUGACAGUGGUGACUGUGAGUGUGGCUCAGUUGCGGAAACCGUAGCCUAUGACUUCGUUUUAGAAGUUGCUAUGAAAGCUCAGCAUUUUCAGCAGAGAAAUCUGGUCUUACGUGGGGAGUGGAAGUGGUUACUUACUGAAUUUGCAUCUUAUUAUGGGAUUUCAGAUGCAUAUGCUAGACUAAGAUACCUUUCUUAUGUUAUGGAUGUGGCUACGCCUACGGCUGAUUGCCUCGUCUUAGUGUAUGAUCUGUUAUAUCCCCUAAAAAUGAAGGGCAGUGCAAGAAGCACUUUAAGCUAUCAGGAGAAUCGCAUCUUAGGAGAAAUUGAGGGUCAACUUGAACAGAUUCUUUCUCUUGCUUUUGAGAAUUACAAGGCAUUAGAUGAGUCGUCAUUAUCAGGAGUUAUGGACGAUUUUCGGCCUGCUAAUGGAUCUCCAGCUCCCGCUUUAGCACCAGCUGUCAAGCUUUACAAUCUUCUUCAUGAUAUCGAAUCUCCUGAUGCACAGUUCAAACUAUGCAGAUAUUUCCAGGUUGCUGCUAAAAAGAGAUCAAGAAGGCACUUGGCUGAGACGGACGAGUUCGUAACCAGCAAUGGUGAAGGAACAUUGAUGGAUGUUGUUACUCUUUCUUCUUCCUACCAGAAGAUGAAAUCUCUGUGUUCAAACUUUAGAAAUGAAAUUUUUACUGAUAUAGAAAUCCACAAUCAGCAUCUCCUUCCUAGCUGUAUAGACCUUCCCGAUAUUUCUUCAUCCAUAUACAGUAUGGAGCUUUGCACUAGAUUGCGUGCAUUCCUUGUUGCAUGUCGCCCUGAAAGUCCCUCAUCUCCUGUAUCAGAACUUGUUAUUGCAACUGCUGAGUUUCAGAAGGAUCUCAUUAGCUGGAAUAUUAGUCAUGGCAAAGGAGGUGUCAAUGCAAAAGAAUUGUUCCACCCAUACAUCAUCUCGUGGAUCCAACAUAAAAGUCUGUCCCUGCUUGAUGCCUGCAAAUUGGGGGUCAGAACACAGCAUUUGACAGUUCCGUUUGUGGAUUAUAUGUAUGACCGGCUCAAGGAGACGUUAAGUGAAUACGAAUUCAUCCUUUGUCGCUGGCCAGAGUACACUUCUGUGUUAGAAACUGCCAUUGCGGAUGUUGAAGAAGCCCUGGUAGUAGCUUUUGAAAAGCAGUAUGAAGAUGUUUUAUCACCUUUUAAAGAGACCUUGGCGCAUAAGUUCGGCCUCAAACAUGUUGAGAAGCUUGCUCACCGAUCUGCAUGCAUCUACGAAGUCCCUGAAGAGUUGGGAGUUUUUAUGAAUUCAAUAAAGAGAAUGAUAGAUAUGCUGCUUCCCGAAAUUGAAACCCGGCUGCAGUCAUGGAGUUCUUGUAUUCCUAGUGGGUGUAGUACAGUUCCGGGGGAGCUUCUAAGGGAAAUUAUGGUAAUGCUAAGAUCCAAGCUCAGGAGCUACCUGCAGGCCAUUGUUGAGAAGCUCGUAGAGAAUACAAAAGUGCAGAAUUUGACAAGGCUAAAGAAGAUCCUCCAGGAAUUGAAAGAAACAGUGAUGGAAUCAGAUGUUCGCAGUAGACUUCAGCCCUUGAAGGACCAUCUCACUAAGACCAUAGUUCAUCUUCAUAGUAUCUUUGACGCUCGUCUAUUUUUAGACAUGUGCCAAAGAUAUUGGGACCGGAUGGGACAAGAUAUCUGAAGUUUCCUGAACAACAAUAAAGAGAACAGAGCCUGCUAUAAAGGCGCACGAAUUGUAGUUUCGAUACUGGAUGACACCUUUGCAUCUCAGAUGCAACUGUUGCUUGGAAAUGCUCUGCAAGAGAAAGACUUGGCACCUCCCAGAUCAAUCAUGCAAGUGCAUUCUGUUCUAUGCAAGGAUGCAGUGAAUCACACGGGCAAUAAUCACUACGCUGGUUCUGACAUGCGUUUGUAUUAGCACAAGCUGUAUAGAUUUUGGAUAAGAAAAUAGAGUUUAGUCCAGUUGACUAGUUUGCCUCCUCUGGUAUGUACUAUAUUUUGUUCCAAGAUGAUCUUCUUUAUAUACACCAAGUAAGAGAAACUUUUUAUUUCUUUGUUUUGAUACAAACUGCAAGGUUAUUUGGGC